GGUUCUGAAUUAAAAAAUGAAUUAAAAAUUUUGUAAAAAAAUAGUUUUUGUGGGACAAAUUAAAAGUUAUGACAUAAUUUAUUUUUAAAUAAAUUGUAUGCAGUUUGUUUUAUUAAGGAUAAAAAUCAAAAAACGGUCAAACCGCUACGGGCGUUUUAGUGUUAAGUUCCGUAUAUCUGCAGUAUCUCGAAAUCCUUAAAAGGUUUAGUAAGGAGUUUUUCAGUCUUACUAAGCCUUUUUUAAAUUUCAGUUGGAAAUGCAAUAUCUGUCUUUUAGAGGAUAAUUCCUUCUAUUUAAAAUGAUAUUAUGUUUGCUUAUAGUUUGGGCAUUUAACGGUUCUGUUCUUAUAUAGAGAAAGGAAACGAACUAAGGUUUCAGCUCUUUCUAACACUUUACUUUUUGAAGAUAGUUGUCAAUUCAAGAAGAAAUGGAAGGUUAUAUAAUAGAUCAAACAUUCAUUUUCACUCCUGCUGACGACUAAAUUGGUGUAAUAUUGGGAGAAAAUUGAGCUAAGGGAGCUUUCUCUGAAACAACAAUACUCACUUUUUUAUGUGCGGUAAAGUGAGAAGCAGGAAAAGAUUUUGCUUCAUCGGUAAAAAAGUAGACGAAUUUUAUAGGUACCAAAAAUGUCUUGGGUUUAGUAAACAUUAUUUAAUUCACGACCAAAAUGGUUUCGGAGUUGAAUUGAAAAACCUUUAGGAUUUAGCAGCAAUAAUGAAAAACCCUUGGUUUUAGUAUUCAUCGAGUCAAGAACUAAGUAAUGCUUACUAAACCCAAGGGAUUUUUGGUACUUGUAAAAUCCGUCUACUUUCCUCACAAAACUCUGUUGUUUCAUUAAAAUACUAAAAGGAUUUAUAUGUCAACCCUUUGGGUUUAGUAACAUAAAUAGAAUACUUUUAGGGUUUUAUAACAGUGUUAAAAAAAUCCUUUAUUUUCUUAAAAUACUUUUCCAAAAAGUAUUUUAAAAAACCAAAACGAUUUAGUAACGAUAUAAAACCCUCAAAUGUGCUACUAUAUCUACUUGGGUUUAGAGACAACAAUAAAAAAACGUUCGGGUUUUUUAAACUGCCUAUUUUUUUUAGAGAGUGUACAUCACAGAAUGUGUAUUCAAAGCUAUGCGACCACUGAGAAGUAACUGUUCUUUACUUUCUUUUUCCAAACAUGCAAUCGCCUGCUUUACGAUGUUGAAAAAUAUAAGUACAUAACAGCAUAGGAUAUAUGUCGCCCAUUUUCACUGAAAAUAUCACCCAUUUACAAGCAUAUUCAGACGCUCUUAACGCAAUUUCGCUUGGAAGCACUCGAAUGGCGUAUUGGUAAACCGUGGAUCGGGUAUCCACUUAAAAGUUUGUUUUAACUCAAGUUUUUCUUAACCUAUUGGAACGUAAUCUUGAGUUAAGGAUUAAUUUGAGACCUCUAGAGUUGUCUUAGGUCAGUGUUGUGAAACAGCACACAAUAUUUAAGUAACAAUCUUCAAAGAGUAAAUUUUGAGACUUGUUGUAUAAGGAAAACUUUGAUCUGUAGGAUCGACUGUUAUGUUGAGAUUAUUUGGAGAGUAAUUAUACUACUUUUUUUAAGAUCUGUGUUGUGUUUUGAUGGAUAAAAAUGAUUGAACGUCAAGUAUAUUUAUUCCAGCGGUUAACAAUUCCUUCCAGUAUCAUUAGACACCGUUUUAGAUCAUUAUCAUUACACAAACUUCAUCUUCUUCAUGAGUUAUUCUCUAAUUAUUCAACAGAACUGAGAUUAGUAAGCUUAUUUCAGCUGCCAUUUCGUUUGAUUUAUGCUGAAUGUAAACGACGAAAAUAUUUUGUAUCAUUUGCACCUCUAUGCAUCUCAUCAACAAGGUCACGUAAAAAUAACAAUUAUAAUUAUGAACAAUGUAAUGAUAGUAAAAAUUACAAAAUAUCAAAAUCGAUAACAUCAGAGAAAGACAAGCAUAAAUACUUUUAUCCUUAUUUGAUUGGAGCGAGUACCAUUUCUGCAUUUAGUGUUUUCUCAUGGGACGAAAAUGGUAUUAAUAAUGAAGAAUUACAAGAAGCUGCAUCUGAUCAAUAUUUAUUGGAUAUGCCAAACUCGAAUGUAGUCGAAAUAUUAGUGGAUAAUGGAUGGGAAAAUUUAUUGAUUAAAGAGCGUCUGUUGAUAUUUCGAAGAUAUGAUGAAGAGUUAGAAGUAUACACAUAUAAAAUUUUAGGAAGUUUUACAGACGUUUCUGCAUUGCUAUUCUUAUAUGUUCAGCUUGAUCUUGACUACAGGCAAAUUUGGGAUAAGCAAGCUGUUCAGUUGGAUAUUAUUGAAACCAACGCAUCGAUGGAUAGUGACGUGGUACAUUGGAUUCAUAAAUUUCCGUACCCACUAAAUAAUCGUGAUUAUGUUUACAUAAGACGAUUUUCCAUUGAUACAUCAUCAGAAACUCCAAAAAUUAUUCUCAAAUGUCGUUCAACUGAUCAUCCACUUUUGAUGAAGAAAAAUAAAUGUGUUCGUGUUACAAGAUAUGAGUCAUCAAUGUUAAUACAACCGAAGCGAAAUUUAGAAGAAAAAGGGAUGCGUUUUCUACUAACAUAUUAUGAUGAUGCCAAAACAUCGAUGCCGGUGUCAACUUACUCAUAUCUUGCACAAACUGGAAUCCCAGAUUUUGUUGAAAAGAUGCACAUAGCCGCAAAAAAUGUUUCAAAAGAUAUAAAGCUAAAUGAUCUGUUAAAAAGGUCUCAAUGUCCGAUUAGUACCGGUGAUGAUGAAAACAAUUUAUUUUAA